AUGCCUGUAAUCAAGAAUCUUGUGUUUAAGAGGUUCAAUUCAAAUCUAAAGAAAACAGCCCUUCAUGAUCUUCAUGUGUCAUUAGGUGGUACAAUGGUGCCUUAUGCAGGUUAUUCCAUGCCUGUGUUGUAUAAGGGACAAACUCAUAUCGAAUCGCAUAACUGGACAAGAAACAAUGCCGGUUUAUUUGAUGUUUCUCACAUGUUACAAAGUAAGUUAUCUGGCCCACAAUCCGUUAAAUUUUUACAACGUGUUACGCCUACAGAUUUUAAUGUUUUACCUGUAGGGUCGGGAACCUUAAGUGUUCUAUUGAAUCCGGAGGGUGGUGUGGUAGAUGAUACAAUUAUCACGAAAGAAACCCAAAACAAUGAGUUUUAUAUCGUGACCAAUGCUGGUUGUGCAAAGAGAGACACCGAGUUCCUUCGCGGUGAGCUGCAGAAUGAUCCUACUUUAGAUUGCCAAUGGGAAAUAAUUCAAGGUAGGUCGCUAUUGGCACUACAAGGCCCUAAAGCCAAGGAUGUUCUGGGACCACUUCUGCUAAAAUCAGCUCAGGGGAAAGAUUUGAAAGAAUUAUUUUUUGGACAGAGACACGAAUUUCCGUUGAAGGAUGGUACUUUAGUUCAAAUAGCUAGAGGCGGGUAUACUGGUGAAGAUGGAUUUGAAAUCAGUGUUCCAAACGAGAAGGCCGUUAAAUUUGCAGAACAACUUCUGGCUAAUCCAGUAAUGAAGCCCAUCGGGUUAGCCGCCAGAGAUAGUUUAAGAUUGGAAGCUGGCAUGUGCUUAUACGGCCAUGAAUUGGAUGAAAGUAUCACCCCAGUAGAAGCUGCGUUAAACUGGGUGAUUUCCAAGUCAAGAAGAAACAUAGUAAAUGGAAAAGACAGGUUCAAUGGAUAUGCCAAGAUAACGGACCAGCUAAACAAUAAGACUUACAGCAAGGUACGAGUUGGAUUCAAAUACUUAAAGAAAGGACCUGCUGCUAGGGACGGUGUCAAGAUCUUCUUGCCCGAUGCUCAAACAGAAGUAGGCCUAGUAACAUCAGGUAGUGCAUCUCCAAGUUUAAGCAACAUCAAUAUCGGACAAGGUUAUGUGCAGAAGGGCUAUCACAAAAAGGGCACAGAGUUGCUGGUUCAAGUAAGGAAUAAGUUUUAUCCGAUUGAACUUGCCAAGAUGCCUCUUGUACCUACACAUUAUUACAAGCAGUAG